AAGCUCGAGGACGCACGCGAGUACUUAUUCUGGUGAGGAGCGUGUAGAUCCGUGGCCGUGGCUGCAGGAAUCGAGUUACGACAAUCCGUGGCUGCAGGAAACGAGUUACGACAAUCCGUGUUGGCCUUCAAUAUAAAGAUGCAGAUUGGGCGCGGGCAGAUAACCAGCACGAGCAGGCAUCUUCUCCACCCAUACCAGACCGAGAUACAUGCUCUGCCACUCGACUUCCUGCCAAGCCCCUCGAGAAAGACACCGGAAGAAAGUCUUCCAGAGGACUCUUCCACCGUCGAGAAGCACCUCACCCCGCCCACCACGCGGCGAACCCGCCUGUCUAUGCCCUCUCGGUGAUCUACUAUACGACAUGGCAUGCCUCCACUCUAAUCCGGCGAAUUGCGCAUCCCCCUCUCUUUUCCCCACCUACUUAUCAUACCCAUUCUGCUCUCCAUGUCCCUCCGCUGCGGGUGAGGAAUUCUCCUCUGUCGGCGUCCUACCCAAUCUACCGUCCGUGCGCAAUCACAACCUGGCCACCGCUAUGUGCUCUGUAUGCGUGUGUGAGGUAUGUAUGCACUCUACUCUACCCUACUCUACUCUACUCUACGGCCGGCCGGCCAACCCGCCUGCUGUGUGCUCUGCGCUGCGCUGCACGGCUCUCGCCACCCCCAUGGCACUACAGCCUGAAGACGUCGACACACUCUCCGAGAUGCAGCAGCAUCACCACUACCACCACCACUACUUGACGCGCACGGAUCUCAAGCCCCUCCCAACGCCCCCCGCCCCUCUUUCCCCGCGUUUUUGCAUGAUUCCGGGCACACAGCGCACCUCGCACCCACCACCGCAGAGUCCACGACCAUCACUAGGACGGUGGACCAGAACCACCUAGAGUGAUUUGCAUCCAUCCAUACUGCCACUACUCUACGGACGCUGCCAGAUACUCACUCACCCGGCCCAGCCCAGCCCAGCCCAGCCCAGCCCAGCCCAGCUCGUCCCAUUCAUGUUGUCGUAGAGCGCUAUCGAUCCGCCUCUGCUGUCCGCCCUAUUGCUUUUCCUUCUCCUCCGCCUAACACAGCUCCCCCACUCAACCUAUUACCAUACACACUCCACCGCUACGUCCCGAGAUCCACCCGAUACAACCUUACC